AUGCUGACGAAAUCUGUUGACUAUCAGCUGUGGAAUGAAGCUGAUGCCUUACGAAAGAUAUCUCUUUUUGGUAUAUGCCUCAGUACAGUUGCUACAAUGACUUGUAUUGUCUCCAUUCCUUCACUUUAUAACUACAUGCACAUGGUUCAGUCUACACUCCAAUCCGAAGUAAGGUUAUCUCAUUUCACCAAUGCCCCCAGAGAAGAUAAGGAUGAACAGUGCUGCUUAUGCAGAAUAGGUCCUCCAGGUCCUCCUGGUCCACCGGGACCGGAUGGACUAGAUGGAAUAGAUGGUCUGCCUGGUAUAGAAGGAGAGCAAGGUCCAGAUGCAGGGAUUAACGAGUUUAAUGCAUCCGAUUUCUGCUUCGAUUGCCCAGCAGGGCUUCCAGGACCACCGGGGAGACCUGGAAUGAGAGGAGCACCUGGAAGACCAGGUAAGGAUGGAGCGCAAGGUAAUCCAGGAAUACCUGGACAGCCUGGCAGGCCAGGUUCUCCAGGUCCACCGGGCGAGGAUGGGAAACCUGGAUCACCUGGUAGACCAGGAAAACCUGGCGUGUGUGAAGAAGUACAAUUACCAGAUGGACCACCCGGACCACCAGGGCCUAUUGGUGAAAAAGGUCCGGACGGACCACCUGGAGAGCCGGGUACACCAGGGGCUGACGGACCCAGAGGACCCCCUGGAGAACCGGGAAGAAACGGUCCCCCAGGAGAACCUGGACCACCAGGUCUGCCUGGUCCAAUGGGGGAAAGUGGAGAAAGUGGAGGUUGUCAUCAUUGCCCACCACCGCGCACUGCACCAGGAUAUUAG